AAAAAAAAAAAAAAAAAAAAACAGAAAUCCCACGCGAACACGGAGAGCUGAUCCACGGGAGGCACGCGCCAGGAAUUUUGCGCGUUUUGGGGCAAACGCAUGCUUUUUUGGAAUAUUUAUAAAGAAUAUUUUGGGCCUGUACUUUAGUUUGGUGGGAAACUUUGUUUUAGGACGCUCUGGGGGACCACUCUAUUUCUUUUUUCCCCUUACGUCCACGCGCGACACUGUGUAGCCUGUGUUGGAUGUUUUGCUUCACAGCGCUUAAGCUCGUGGACAGUCGUGAUCCAGUAGCUGAUUGGCUCAGGCAUAGCCGAGUGUGUCAAAGGGGUCGGACAUACCUGAAAGUCACUCAUUCUCUUGUGAGACAUACCUAAGAGGGAGACAGGUAUAGAGAGAGAUGUACACAGCGGUCCUGCUCUCUUCCCUGUUUCUCCUGCAUGUGACCUGUACGCCUCAGUUUCACAGUCACCAUGGGAGGAGAGUGUGUAUUGGAGAUGCAUGGAGUCAUCGUGUGUCUUAUAGCACAGAGUCAUUUCUGCAACCUGUACACAAACCCUACAUCACCAUGUGCCAGAAUCACCAUGUGUGUAGCACCUACAAGACAAUAUACAGGGUUACUUAUAGGCAGGUGAGCAGAACAGUUCCUAAUGUACACAUUUACCCAGAGUGCUGUCCGGGAUGGAGACGUGUGCAUUCGCACAACUGUAACCAAGCAGUGUGUGAGCAGUAUUGUGUAAAUGGAGGGUCGUGUGUAAGGCCUAAUCAUUGUGUGUGUCCAAAAGGAUGGACGGGGCGAUACUGCCAAAUAGAUUUAGAUGAGUGUAAGGAAGGUCAUCGCUGCUCAAAGAAAUGUGUGAAUACGGUGGGGAGUUUUCGGUGUGUGUGUGAGGAUGGAUACAGUCUGGCUGAAGACAAACUGACGUGUACGAGAGUUUCUCCUCCAACUAACGCACCUGCCAGUCCUCCUAAAGUAGAUCAUCACGCAUCCAAUAGAGAAGAUGGUGGAGGUUUGGGAUUGGUGGAGAACGUAACAGAGGAGGUUCGGAUCCUAAAGAAUAGAGUCGAGCUACUAGAACAGAAACUAGAGAAGGUUCUGGCUCUGUUCACCACUCUCUUCCCCGUAGACGGAGUCGGAGGUGACAAGAACGGCUUCCUGUCCCAUUCUCUGCAGCAACUUGACCUUAUCGACUCGCUCAGUGAGCAAGUCGGAUUUCUGGAGGAACGUAUCGGAACCUGUGCCUGCCAGGAAAACUAGAUGAUCACUCAAAGAUGGGCUGGAUAAUCUGACGGCACAUGUGAAAACAAUAGCACAGACACUUAAAAUCAACAACCACAACAUUGAUCAAAGAAGCCAUGUAAAUGCUUUAAAUUCAUUUGACAAGAAUGUAGAGGAAACAUCUUAAAAGACACACUUCUUGAUCUGGUGCUUUAAUCGUUUAGUAAUUGUUUUGUAUUUCUUUUCUUUUAUUAAGUGCAGCUAUCUGGUUUCUUCAUGUGUCAGUAUAGGUCAAAUGUAUAUAUUUAUAAUUCCAUGAUCUUUUCCGGAGUAUCUAUUUUGGAAAAAACAACGUGUACUUUACCCAUUUUUAAUUGUAAUUUUUACCCUUCAUUUGUUUUUGGUAAUAAAAUGACAAAAUUUUGAA